AGCUGAUUCACUCUUCUUUGAGGUGAUGUACCAUCGCUGGCCAAUGGCCACGUCCACAUCUGUGAGCCCAGAGCGCGGCGGCACCAAAGUUAGUGCGGAAAGAAGGCGGCGCAGCGCGGGGCGCCAUGACUCACUCACUGUCACCUCCUCUGAGAAAUACUGAUGUCCCGAGGACCCUUCCGCUCAAAUGUGCGUGUGGAAACACAGAACUGCAUUUGACUCGCUGAACUUGAGUUCUGUCGUUUCCACAGCGAUGACAGGAGCGACUGAAGCGAUGAACCGGAGACGCGCUGCGCGUCCAUCUACCCAAACUCCUCCGGAUCGCGUUCUCGCGUUCACUGACACGCUGCUGAGGGUUCAUCAGUCUUCAAACCAAACCAGCAUGGCUGCUUUACGACCAGAUCUCUCCUGAUUGAAGCCGUUCGCCUAAAAAUUUUGUGACGCACUGAGAACUGCUCUUCAGCCAAAAAUAUCUCCUCAGCAUAUGCCAAAGUGCUUUUAGCUUUGUCCUUGUUAUCCGCUUUACAACCUCAGUGACAUCAGCCAACGCCAUGCAGACUUUCAAUGCGAAUCCGAUACUGGAGUAACCGUCAGCACCAUGUGGACUGUUUCCAACCACUGCAGAUGCACACAAAAAAGACGGGAAGCUCUUGUUUUGAAAAGUGCACAAACACAUUAACAGUGCUUUAUGAAUGUGAAAAGAGAGAUGAACACUUUGACAUCUUCGCAUGUCAAUGCAUUGAUGCAUAUCUAAAACAGAUUGCUCAUGCAUCAAACCUAAUGCCUGGAAACUACAGACAAACCUCUUCAGUACCUUAAUAGAUCACACAGAUUGCAACAAGGCCUUUGUGUCAUUCUCAUUGUUCUGUAUGAUUUUGCAGCUGCACAUGGUUAUGAACAUGUCAAAACAACUCUUGAAUUUAUGACUUUAUGAUAAAAGAAUCUGACAUUCUCCGUAGCAUAAUAUGUUUAGUUCCUCUUGUUUAUUCCUUCACCCACAGCUAUUUUCCAAAAACAUACAUCACUAAAAGCUCAUCUAGGAGAAGUGAGACACAACAGGUUAAAUUUCAUCACGUUCCCUCAUUGCAAUGCUGGAAAUGCCCCAAUGUUCUUGUACCACUGCCAAUGCAGUAGUUCCGUUUUCAUUGUUUUCUUGGAGAGAGUCCAAUAUUAAGGUGCAAAUCGAACUGACUCCCCAUUAUCAUACCUUUAUUAAAUGCCUGGACAUCUUUAACAGAUGAUUCCCCUCAAAGGCAACAUGACCCCGGAGUCGUUCCUCGAAAACUGUACCAACUGCAGCCAGGUUCUCAUCCCGGAGCUGAACGUCAUGAAGGCUGUUGUUCUGGGAAUGGUGUUGGCGAUCUUCAUCAUUUUUGGCGUUCUGGGCAACAUCCUGGUCAUCCUCUCGGUGGCUUGCCAUCGCAAUCUACGCACAGUUACUCAUUACUUUAUUGUGAACUUGGCGGUUGCGGACCUUUUGCUGAGCUCUACGGUUCUUCCAUUUUCUACGGUCUUUGAAAUGUUGGGUCGUUGGAUUUUCGGACGCCCGUUUUGUGACGUUUGGGCGGCAAUGGACGUCUUGUGCUGUACUGCGUCAAUCAUGAGCUUAUGUGUGAUUUCAGUGGACCGAUAUAUCGGCGUUAGUUAUCCUCUGCAAUAUCCAUCCAUCGUAACGGAGCGACGGGCAUUGCUUGCCCUCGUUGUUUUGUGGGCUCUGUCUAUUACCAUCUCAAUUGGACCUCUUUUUGGAUGGAAGGAACCGGCACCGGAGGAUGAAUCCAUAUGCAAGAUAACCGAAGAACCCGGCUAUGCCAUUUUCUCUGCGUUAGGGUCCUUCUAUCUCCCUCUAGUGGUGAUUCUGUCAAUGUAUUGCCGCGUGUACGUGGUUGCGAGGAGGGAGACCCGAGGUCUGAUUAGCGGACAGAAAACGGAAAAGUCGGAUCACACCACCGAGGCUGUAACUUUGCGGAUACACCGUGGGAACACGACAGUGUCCGAAGACGAGGCCUUGCGCAACCGGACACACUUCGCGUUGCGUCUGCUCAAGUUCUCCCGAGAGAAGAAGGCCGCUAAGACCCUGGGCAUUGUGGUUGGAUGCUUCGUCCUUUGUUGGCUUCCGUUUUUCCUGGUUCUUCCAAUCGGUUCCAUCUUCCCGACAUACAGACCCUCGGACACCGUCUUCAAGAUCACGUUUUGGCUGGGAUACUUCAACAGCUGCAUCAACCCCAUCAUCUACCCCUGCUCCAGUCAGGAGUUUAAGAAAGCCUUCCUGAGCGUGUUGGGCGCCCGCUGCCUCCGCACGAGAUCUACGCCGUCCCACGCUCUCUACCAGAGCCACAGUCCCCGGCACGGCCAGUCCCAGAUCCUCGGCCUGACAAGCCGCGACAACCCGUCCCACCUGAGCCCAUCCUCCUCCAUUGUUCUGUCCCGCAGCCCGUCCUCCCGGGACGGCCGGGAAUGGCAAGCCCCUUCCAGGACGUCGUCAGCGGGGACGACCGGGGUCAGUGCUGGGGUGAGCGUGGGAGCCAAAGUGGCUGGGAUGUGUGGUAAGAACCUGCUGAGGACAUGCUGCUGCGUGAGAUUGGAUUCUCCACCGCCCGAGCCGCCCACGCACAACUCGCUUCCCGUCAUCAAAAUCCAUCAGCUCUCGCUGUGUGAGGACGGGGACGCCGUGUGAAUGAGCAUGCUGGGGAAAUCACUCCACUCAUGCGGGCUGUGAUGCCACUUGACAGAGCCUCAGACUGGAGAACACAAACUGAUGAAGAAAAGAGAGCUUUUGAUUGAACGAUCAGCGAUGGGAACAUGGAAAGCUGCUGCGACACUGACGAUGCUUAAUAAAGGAAGCAUGGUUCAGCUUUGCAUGAAAACUCUGUCUUUAUUUACUCACUCUCGUGUCUUUCCAAAUCCGUGGAAUGACAGUCGGUGAACUGAAAUGCAAAUAGGAUUUCACAGCUUCGAUAGAUGGAAGGGUAUUAACUUUAACCCUGUAAAGAAUGAGAUAGCAAAUAAGAGUAGGAGAAAUCUUUUUUUUUUCAAAUAUAAAGUAUAGAUAAAUAAAGUAGGUUUGAAUUUGUGUUUUGAUACACCAGGCAUUUAUGGCUGAUAAUAUAAAGUAUGAUAUAGGAGAAUAUGCAGCUUAUACUUGAGGAGGAAAAACAAACUCGGUUGCUAUGACCUCUUAUUGUUUUAUGUUUUUAGGUUUGGAAUGACAUGAGUGUGAACAAAUAAUGACGGAAAUAUGAUUUUUGAGUGAACUAUUCCUUUAAAAGGAGGAUGUCCAGGACGUUUGUUUGGAAAUUAUGGUGGGCAUCAUCAUUCUGCAUGGGUUUGUGAUAAUAUACCAGCAUUUUUUUUUAUCAACAGCAGUUUUAACAUGUCUAAUGAGUGUUUCUAAAUAUAUAUAAAAAGAAAUUAAUAUUAUAUUUUUGACUGUCGUUCACCUGUUCAUAUCUUGUUUGUUUAAUGCUCAGAAAUUGCACUGUAGUAGAUGUUUGAGUAUGAUUCAGGAGUCCAUUUCACCUGAAGACUGAUUGUGACGACGCACAGAAACUGUAUAUUGAACUGGGAAACAAUCGUAAUUGUAUCUUUCUGAUAUUCCUGCAUGGUCUUCUUAUUUUCCGUUUUAAAAAAAAGAUUCCACAUGAAUGUCAGAGAGAGUUUUCCAUGUGUUUCACCGUGGGACCAACCAUCACCCUUCCCAUAAUUUGUGUUCUUUGGGAACUGCACAAAUUUCCAUGUGGUACUGAUACUUGACCAUAGCAAUGAAUAUGUGAUGAUGGCCUAAAAAUGAACAACUUAUGUUGCUUAAAUGCCUUAUAACAAGUGGCACUUCUGUUAUUGUGUUUGUUUCUCAGAUGAAAAAAAAAACAACAACAACAAAAAAAAAAAACAUGUGAUUCCAAUAUGGAAAUAUCCAAUAAAACACACUGCAUUAUAAGUGUUUUGGGAAUCGUUCUGAUUGAGCUUCACCAUGAGAAUGUGAGAAUGUUAUGGUGGUUGCUAUGACAUUCCAGCACUGGACACAUUCCCCUAGUGACUGAUGGGCUAUUAACAGUUUAAUGGAAAUGUGUCAUGUUGUAUCGAUCAAGUAUGAGAAACGUGAUGAGAACAGAAAUAAGAACUGUGUUUACUUUUAAUGUUUUGGCUUCUGCAUGUGUGCCAGUUAAAGUAGACAAACAAUGAGAUGAUGGGGAUGUUCCGGAAACAUUCAUCCUGCGAGAUUACAGUUACAGUUAUGACUAUAUCCAAUUAUAAUUUUAAUGAGAGUUUUCCAAGUUUAUAUGGAUUUUUUUUU